AUGACUGGGAGCUUGGAUCAAUUGAAUAUUUUUGAGAAACGAAUUUUGUAUUCCAUUGUAUGCAACAAAAGACAUGAUUUUUCUCAACUCUUUCUUGAUCAAUUGAUUGAUUGUAUCACUGGGAACAAGAAGCCAACAUAUGUUCUUUAUACUAGUUGGAUUGGAAUGAUUUUGGUUCGUGAUGAAGGGGAAUCAAGCUCCAACUUUCAAACCAUUUUGCUCUCUCAACUCUCUCUAUUGGUGCAAAUAUCUCAAUCUCUUGGAGAAAGAUUGACUAGAGUAAAAAAGGAUGUGCCUGAUAUCAAAUGCAUAAUGACCUUGAGUGAUGAUGAUGAUAUGGCUACUGAUGACACUCCACCAAAUUCUCCAGGAAGGGUUGAAGUUGAUAAUCAAAAGGAAAUCGUCGAUGCAACAAAAGAUGAUCAACGUAUCACAGACGCUGGUGAACAAUCUGAGACUGAUGGUUAUGAAGGGUUUCUUGAUCUGGGAUUUUUGGCACAAGCUGUUGUUCAUGCUAUUCCUUUAAGUGUCAUCUACCCUGAUUCAUAUUUUGAGGGGGAGAUUCCUCAACAAACUAAUAGUUACAUAGAUUUUGAUGAUGAUCAGCUCAAUCCUUGA